CUCCUCUCGCAACCAUCGCCUAUCUCAUCUCCCCUUCACCUGCUUCGGUCGCAGAAGAAAAAGAGACGCCUUUUACCUCUUCUUCAAUAUCGCCAUGCUCGGGUCCAUCCUAUCGUUCAUCCAUCACUAAUCUCAAUCGCAACAUCAUGGUCUCGAUGUCCUCAGUCCCCGUCGGCUCGAGCGUCUUCUUUUCUCUGACGCUCUUCUCCAUCUCCGUCUUCGUCCUGCUGCUUCUCCGUCGCUUUCUGACCUUGCGUGCUACUCCUGCCUAUCUCAUCCUGCCUGUAUUUCUUGCUCUCGCCCUUCCCGCCAGUGUCGUGCUGCUCUUACCCAUCGAUUUAGCCUCAAGCUCGCGGGAUGGCAGAGCGGCCAAGGGCAUAUGGCUCCCUGAUCGGGUGGUCUUGGUGUCGUGGAGAAUUGCCUACUGGUUGAUCUUUGUCUUGACAUGGUACGUAUAUCCCUCUGCACUUACUCAAAUCACCUCGUAUGCUCAUCGUUGUCCCCUUGCCCCCCACAGGGUUAUCCUUCCCCUACUCGGAGAAUACAUCGAUUCUGGGUAUCGUGAGCCAAAAGCCCGACUCAUGUACUCCCUCCGUUCCAAUGCUCGCUAUCAGCUGACAGUUUUGUGUUGUGCAACCGUUGGGCUUGUCUACGUUUCCAUCCAAAAUGGGUUCGAAUUUACAUCGAUCAAGGCGCUCGUCAUGGCCCUUGCGUACGUCUGGGGUCUCGUCCUUGCAAUUUACCUCAUGGGUCACGGCCUCGUCUCCAUACCGCGUCGCUUCAUUCGCAGCGCCAACGUCAGUGGCUCGUUACGGAGACUUCAAUCUCAUGCCCCCAGAAUCCAUGACCGUCUACUUGAUGCGGUUAAUGAUCUCGAGAGCCUCGAAGCUCAAGUCGCUCAGCUACAGCAGCGCAAGAGCGGUAGUGCGCUCGAGUUCCGGGAGUGGAUCGAGGAACUGGCCGAGCCAUCCAGCUCGCCCGAAUCGCGCCCCAUGCUCGCUCAGGCUCCCGAUGUAUCCAGCAGAGUUCCUCCGGUGAUCACGGCACGCUAUUUAGCGGAUUUAACUAGGCGUCUCCAACGUGCGCGACACCAGAAAGCCCGAUUCGUUGAUGAGUGGGCCCGCCUGAUCCGAUCUGCGGCCGACCUCCAAGCCAUUAUCAACUCGUCUGCUUCCAAGAAACUGCAGUUCAGCCCCUUAUCUUCCGGUUCAUCAUCUUUUCCUCGUGUCACUCUUUUGACUCCCUACACGCGUUAUCUUGUUUAUGUGAAGGUGCUCCCGACCGUGCGCCUUUUCCUUGGAACCGCGUUUGCUGUUGCGUCCGUGUUGGUUAUAUGGUCUGAAUUGAUCAAAUCCUUCGCGCAAAAAUUGUCUGUCGUCAGUCUCACUGUGGUCCCCAAUCUGCAGAACCCAGGUCCGAUAGGUUUUGGUGGGCAAGUUACUGCGUCUGCUUGGCUGCUUUAUAUGUGUGCGGCGGCGCUGGCGGGCAUUCACGAUGCACAGAUUUGGGGCAAUCGCGCCUUGGUUCGUCGCAACACCUACGGUGAAAGUGCGUGCUGGUAUGCCGGGCAGGUGGCAAGACUGACCGUGCCCAUUGCCUACAAUUUUCUGACCUUCCUACCGAAGGCUACCAUACAGAGCACCACAUUUUAUCAUUUUCUGGGCCGGCUCAUUGACCUCACGCCGCUUGGCAAGGGGUUUGAUUAUUUCUUCCCUGUCCUCAUCCUCCUGCCAGUGUUUGCUACUCUGUUUAACUUCUAUGGCAAGGUCAAGACUAUCUUCGGUUUUGAUCUUCCGGAGGGCGGCGAGGACGAUAUGAACGACCCUUCUGGGUACGGAUUAGGCGGCUGGAGAGAAGGUCGUGAUCUCAUUGAUCAGGAAUUCAACGGCCUUGGCCCCUUAGCGUUUGCCUCCGGGGCUGGCCGAUCGGCCCGGUUGCAAAGUGGUCGGGUGGAGGGUGAGUCUCACGCUUCCUCCACUUCUACCCUACCACUUUCGUCUCCUGAGGGAGUCCGACCAACCCGGUCCGCACGCGGAGCAGCUGUUUAUUCCACUACUGCUUUGGACGAAGAUGAAGAGGAGACCUUCCUCCAGUCCUUUGUGCACCGUGUGAAGAACACAUUUGAGACCACGAAUAAGCCUCAGUGGCUUCAAGGAGAAGGAUUUCGACUGCCGAAGUGGAUGAGCAGCGACAGUAAUGAACGGAGCGGAGGGCUGACGGGAUUCUUUGGUGGUCGUCAGCCCGCCGAUGGUCGAGUACGCCUUGGAUAAUUGUUCUUCUAUAUGUUGUGUCUUACAUCUGCAUUGGCGAGGCGUUUUCAUCGGGUUUUCAUGUCUUAUAGACCAACGGAGUAUAUAAUUAAUGAUCGGUUUUCUAUCCGUAGGGGACUUGGUUUUCUGUGAGUUUUUGGGAUCACCAGACGAUCACGUGUUUUGUAUCCGACUUCGAUUUCCAUGGACUGCGAUAUAAGACCUCUCUUUCGUUCAAUGAAUACCUUCUCCAUGUCU